CAUGUUUUCUCUGGCUGUUCUCCAAUUCUCUUUUGCGCGCUCUCUCUCUCUCUCUCUCUCUCUCUGCGCUUCUCGUGCCCCCUCCCUCUUCGUGUUAUCCACCCACGGGAAAAGUGAUUUUCGCCUCUUUUUUUAAAUAAAUCUAUAUACCUCACUCUCAUCCCCAGUCAAUGGACUUAUUUCCGUGUGGGCAGCAGGGGUGCAUUUAAAAUGCCAACGUUCUUGCCUGGACCCAUCCGCGUACAAAGUGUUUCCCCGCAAAUUCAGGAAUCACCGUUUCAGUAGCGCGAAUCUGACCCUGCACUGUCAAGGUCCCCCCUCGCAAAUGUCUCGUUUGCACAGACGGUGACCGAAAUCCCAAUCGAUCACUCGGGCUUAUUUUAUUACCAAAGCCACCCCCACUCAAUUCCACAGUGAUUUUUUCCCCUCCGUGUAUCUCUGUGUGUGUGCGAGUCUGCGCGCGCGUGCCAAAUUCUCAAUCGAGAGCCAGCAGCACGUGCUUCUCACGAUACCGCGUAAAGGCGCGCGUUUAAUUUCUACCGUUUGCAUCCCGUUUCACGUGCGCGCCGGUUGUUCAGUCGUAAGCGCGCGCUGCCCGUUCGGAUUCCAGCAGCGGGACGUCCGGUGACUGACUGAAAGCUCGUGCUACAGCAACGGAAGGUGCGCGAGACUCGGUUUGGUACCACACGCACGAUGAGUGAGCGCGCCGAAGAAGCCGCCGGCGAAGCUUCAGGAUCGCAGCCCGAGCCCGCCCCGGCCGAGCCACCGAAGAGGGGACCGGGCAGACCCAGAAAGCCGCAACAGGAACCCACAGGAGAGCCUGUCCCCAAACGGCCGAGGGGUCGCCCCAAGGGAAGCAAAAACAAGGGGCCCUCCAAAGCAGCGCAGAAGAAAGCCGAGACCACGGGGGAGAAAAGACCCAGAGGAAGACCCAGGAAAUGGCCACAACAGGCAGUCCAGGAAAAGCCCGCUCAGGAAGAAGAAGAGGAGGAGGAAGCCGAGCCAGAAGAGGACUAAGCAACCACAGGAUUUCACCUCUACCUCAUUCAGCUGUCAGCUCUCUCCAAGGGAAAAGACUGCCUUGACCACUUAUUAUUGACUUCUCACUUUCGUUUAUUUUAGUUUUUCCUCAUUCGUUUAUUUUGGUUUUGUUUCGUUAAUGAUAAACACAUACACACACACACACACAACACCUCAGUGUGUAACCCCC